AUGUCAGCAUCGGUUUCUCCUAUUCCCGGUGAGGAGGAUCCGUCACUCGUCCUGGAUGAAGAGAUCUCCUCCGUGCGUGAUGAAAUUCGGAAGCUCACAGCGCGCAGACAAGUCUUAUCGGCCAGUCUUUUGUCGAGCAGCAGUGUCAGGAACAGCCUCGAGUCGCAUCUUCUAAGCAGGGUUGACUCUGACGCGCCAUCCGCUAUCCUUGAGUCCGGUAAACACGCCGAAACGAACCAUCAUCGCAUUAUCUUUUCAGCCACUUCAUUCCCAUUUAAGGACCCGUCGCCUCAUACGGACUCCCCAGAUCUACUUGGUAUCCGUAUUGACGUCAAUGUUCGCGAUGGCACCUUUGCGAAGCCAUAUUAUUUACUCCUCAAACGCGUAGGAGAGGAUCGAAAGUCGUUACAGAUACACCGGCACACUAUACCGGUUUUCAUUCCGUUAAAACAGCUAGAGCAGAAAUACCUUCCUAGUUGGACUUCCGAGGAUGACUCUGGUGGAAGCUUGAAACCAUGGAAGAGGAGGAAGCAAGAUCUCAAGAAGUUAGUGCAAGAACUGCGUCGUGAGCUCGUUGCCUGGCAUCUUCGGAGAGACGUGGUUACACUUUUGCAGGAGCAGCUUGGAAUUACUGAUUGUGAUCUAUCCCACUUGGAGUCUGCUGGUAUGCAACCCGAUACUGUGGCAUAUACCCUGGGAAUAUCGUCUGUCUCUGCAGCGUCUAUCGAGGCUAGAUACAUACGCGUCCAGUGGCAAGAUGGACGCAUUGGAAGAAUCAAGGUAUCAAAUCGAGGCCUUGUUGAAAGAGCUAUUAUCAUAGGCGAUGAUGGCCGUGAUAAGACCACGGAAACCCUGAUUGCUGGCGGUGAUGGCCGCGCCGAGAAUAUUGUCCGAAGGCUCCUUGACGGCAAAACAUGA